CGUGAUUUCAGCGCUGGAAAAAUAGCUGAACACGAUUUCCAAAUAACAUUCGACAAAUAUCAUUGUAUAAUAAAAUAUCAUACUAAGAAUAAAGUAGAGCUGGCUCAGAAUUACAGUGAUCCCUUGCGUGUGUCCACACUUUCCGAUGAACAUCACAAAAAAGCAAUCAUGUCGGGAUUAAAUCAUGGAGGAUUUGUUAGUUCUAUCAAAGGAAAGUUAGGAGGAGGACCAAGAACAAUGCAAAGAAGUGAAUAUUUUGAAUUGGGAACAAAGGAAGGGUUAGAAGAGGAGGACGAAACUAAUUGGUCUUCCGAAGACGAUGAUAAUAAUGAAAAUAAAAAAUUGAAAAAACAACGAAAGACCUUAUUAUCAACUAUACAUGAUACAAGUGAGGGUGGAUCUGCCGAUGACGAACAACCAGAACGAAGUUUAGCUUUUGAGGCGAUACCACCAUUAUUAGUCGCAAUAAUUUGGUCAAUAAUAACUGGAUCAUUGUUAGAUAUCGUUAAACAUUGGAAUUCAUUCACUCAUGUCAAAGAAUUAUUCAUAUUGGUUCCGGUCUUAUUAAAUUUAAAAGGAAAUCUCGAAAUGAAUUUAGCAUCACGCAUGUCAACUUCGGCUAAUCUGGGUGAGUUAGAUAAACCAUCCGUUCGUGAUGCACUCGUAUGGGGAAAUUUAUCUCUUUUACAAGUGCAAGCACUAAUAGUUGGUGCAGUUGCUGGAUUAUUCUCAUUUGCUGAAGGACUUGUAUUUAAACCGCAUGAAAAUUCGUUCUAUGAAAGCAUGCUGGUAGUCGUAGCAGCUAUGCUAUGUUCUGCGCUGAGCAGCAUAAUAAUGGGAACUUUCAUGUGUAUGCUAGUAAUUUUAUGUCGAAGAUUUAGAAUUAAUCCAGAUAAUAUUGCGUGUCCAAUGGCAUCUUCGCUUGGUGAUUUGUUAACUUUAAUAAUAUUAUCGGUGUGCGGUGAAUUUUUGCUGCAAUAUAUGGAAACUUUUACCAGCACUGUAUUGUUCAUCCUUUUAGCUAUUUCUAUACCAUAUUGGGUACGUCUUGUCUGGUCAAAUGAAUACGUACGAGAUUUAUUAACUAGUGGGUGGUCGCCCUUAUUUUUGGCGAUGAUUAUCUCAAGUAUGGCGGGAUUAAUAUUAGAACAGUAUAUCGAGAAAUAUUCGGGAUUAGCGUCGCUACAACCUGUGUUGACUGCACUUUCUGGAAACCUGGGAUCCAUCUACGCUUCUCGAAUAUCCACUCGAUUGCACAGUAGCGGAGAAGAGAACUAUCGUAGAUCCGAAAUUAUUUUGUUCAUCAUCCAUAUCCCUAUAGGAAUUCUUUUUAUGUUGAUUACUUGGUGGUUUGAUAUCGGACAUGUUCACUUGACCUGGAGUCUUUGUAUCAUGUAUUUAUUUGUAUCGGUAGCAUCUGUAUCAUGUACAUUAUUGAUGGCAAAGAAGAUAACGCUUUGGUUAUGGCAUCAUAAAUACGAUCCUGAUAAUUAUUGUUUACCUUAUUUAACGGCCGUCGUUGAUGUGAUGGGAACUACCUUACUUGUGUUAUCUUAUUUGUUUUUAACCGCUAUUGGACUCGCGAGCGAGGAACAAACGAUGGGCGGCGAAUGA